AUGCGACUCUUCGUGAUUCCAAUCUCGACGCAACGAGCGUUGAUCUACUCUCGGCCCCUCAGCAGGGAUAUCGCCAAGGAGCUCUCGGUACUUGAUCGCGUCACGAACAAGGCCGCGGAAACAUGGGCCAGAUGGGAGGAAGCUGAUAAAGGUUGGAAGAAACACCUUGUGACAUGGGGGAAUAAGGUCCAGCAGCGCAUCCCGUUUGAAGAAUGGGGUCUGAAAAGCAUUCCGUCUCUCAAGGCGCAAAGGAGACUCGACAAGUCAUGGGAGACGAAGAAAGUCGACGUUCUGUUCCCCGGGAAUGCGAUCAAGGCAGAUAAACUUCGCUCGAUUCUCCGGAAAAUAGCGACAGAGAGACAAGACCUGCAUCGCAGAAAAAUGUGGUGGAGUUUGAUCGCAGCUCCUUUCACAGCUCCGAUUGCGUUGAUUCCAGUCGUUCCUAAUAUCCCUUUCUUCUAUCUUGCGUACCGAGGCUGGUCGCAUUGGCGAGCAUUGAAUGGCUCCAAACAUCUAGAAUGCCUUGUUGAGAAAGAUUUACUCAAUCCAAUCUCGUUUCCAGGCCUGGAGCAACUAUACGCAAAACGCGUAGCCCGCGCGCUCGGGAACAAUGACUCCGAAAAGUCCGCUUCUAGCAUGGUUGAAGAAGUGGAGAGGAGCGAGGACAGGCUAUUACUCAAUAUGGCCGAUGCUAAGAAACUGGCCUCCAUUCUUGAUGCGCCGGAGCUCGCACUUGAAGCAGAGCGAGCUAUCUUCCAAGUUGGCGAAAGUCUCAAGGCACAGCAUGAAGCGGCCAAAAUUGAUCAAGGAUCUGCCACUUCGAAAGAGAAGAAGACUUUCACGGAGCUCCACGCUGGGAAGACGAUUAACAUGUCCUUGAUACAGCCUGUCCAACAAGAAACAUGGCAGGGUCUUGCCAUUCAGCGGCAUUCGAAAAGGCAAUCGAUGUCACGCCGAUCGACUCGCACACAUACUCAGCUUAUCUGGACCCCCAAUGUGCCCCAUGGAGGUUACGCUACAAGCGUUCUCUACCGACUAGCCACGGUGUACUUUAGAGAAACGAAGAGUAGCCGGUUCCAAACCACACCAGAACCCAUCGGAUUCCAGUUGUCGUUCCUCCGUCGAACAGUCGUGGGGCCCGCGAUCUUGAAGGUACAGGACGUCAAGAUCGGAGCAAGGAUAAGUACGAUCCAUGUCACACUGUCCCAGCGACCGGACAGGCCUGGCACAGCGGAUGACAAGGACGACCUCGAAGUGAAAGUCGUCGGAUAUAUCACCGUCAGCCCCCCGGAGAUGGAGGAGGGCCCGAUCUGCAAAGGCACCUGGGGGCUCUCCCCACCUCCGGUAUCCGGCUCUCUAGCAAAUGGCUCGGUCAAUCUAGCAGCGUUGGCAGCGAACGGAGCGGAUGGCGCGUGGAUGCGGUUGCCUCGUCCACCUCCUGGCUUGACCGCACCACAGCAUCUAGAGAUCUACGCACCACGCCCCCAAGGACCGAUGACGCUCGAAAGUCGGCAGAAGCAAGUUGUCGACCAGUGGGCGAGGUUCAUUCCUGGUGGGAAAACAGUCGCGCGCUGGUCUAACGAAGCGGUUAUGUUCUUGGCUGAUCUGUUUCCCGCGGCACUUGACCGGAUGGGUGCAAUGGAAACAAGACGGCUUCUUGCCAUGGAGGAGCCCCAGGGGGGACAGCUUAAAGAAAACGCAGUGGACAAAGAGACGUUUUGGUAUCCCACUGUGACGUUGAACAUUGACCUGAAGACCAGGAUUCCUCCGGAAGGCGUGGAAUGGCUACACUCGCGCGUGGUUACCAGAAUGCUUCGUGGUAGCCGCGCAGACUUGGAUGUAGUCAUUCUCGAUCCACAAGGCGAGCUGAUAGCCCUUAGUACGCAAGUGGCACUUGUGGUGGAUGCCUCUCGGAACACGAAAGGAAGGGUUGGUUCCGAGAAGUUAUAG